AUGCAAAAUUCAAGCAAAAAAGAAAUACUAAAACUUGAAACUGAAAUGACAAAGAUACAACUGGUUACUAAAGUUGUUACCGACCUAGAAAAUCAAUUCAAGAAUAUUUCGAAGGAAAUUUUAGAUUUAGGAAAAAAAAUUGAUGAAAUAAAAAAUCUAAAAAUUGAUGUAGAUUCCAAAAUGGAUCAAAAAGUUGAAAAAAUUAAAAAAGAUAUUCAGUUAUUAAGAGAAUAUGUCGAAAAUGAGGACAAAAAAUUGAAUAUGGGUAUUGACAAAAUAAAUGAAAUUAUUGGAACCAAACUUAAAGAAAUAAUAAUUGGAAAUCUCAAAGCAGAAAUUGAACAAGUGGAAGAUAAAAUUGAAAAUAUAAAUACAGCUAAACUAGACAAAGUAAAUAAUCUUCUCAAUGGACAAAACCUGGUGGAAGUACCGUUGACAAGAAGACGGGUGAUAGUAUCUCUUGAAUCUACAGUUCCAACUAAAAUUAGGAAAUUAAAUGAAGAAUUAAAGAAAAUAGAAGUAGAAGGGUUAGGUAAUGUCGAAAAUAAAACAAAUAUCUAA